GGAGCCGCUGGAGCCCCCCCAGAGCCGCGCGGCGCCGCCCGCUGUAGCUCGCCGCCUCUCAUGUCCAGGCUGGGACCCGGGCCCCGGCGCAGUGACGUGACCUCGGGCUAGAAGCCGCCGCCUUCCUCCCUUCUCAGCGAUGUAUUCAGUGUUCUCCGCCUGCACUUGCCUAUGUUUACACUUCCUGCUGCUGUGCUUACAGGUACAGGUGUUGGCGGCUGAGGAGAACGUGGAUUUCCGUGUCCAUGUGGAGAACCAGACGAGAGCUCGGGAUGAUGUGAGCAGGAAGCAGCUGAGGCUGUACCAGCUGUACAGCCGGACGAGCGGGAAGCACAUUCAGGUGCUGGGCCGGAGGAUUAGCGCCAAAGGGGAAGAUGGAGACAAAUAUGCUCAGCUUCUAGUGGAAACAGACACAUUUGGCAGUCAAGUCCGGAUCAAAGGCAAGGAGACAGACUUCUACCUUUGCAUGAAUAGGAAAGGCAAACUCGUGGGGAAGCCUGAUGGCACCAGCAAAGAGUGCGUCUUCAUUGAGAAGGUCCUGGAAAACAAUUACACAGCACUGAUGUCUGCCAAGUACACAGGCUGGUAUGUGGGCUUCACCAAGAAGGGGCGACCAAGGAAGGGCCCCAAGACGCGGGAGAAUCAGCAGGAUGUCCACUUUAUGAAGCGCUACCCCAAGGGCCAAGCUGAGCUGCAGAAACCUUUUAAGUAUACAACGGUGACCAAGCGGACGAGGCGUAUCCGACCCACACACCCUGGCUAGAGCAGCCAGCCCCAGCAGCCCCACCAGGAUGGCGCCACCAUAAGCCACACACACAGACACCCAUGCCAACACACACACACAGACAGAUACACACACUCACACACACACACAAAAAACUGCAUCAGAGAAAUAUUUUUACAUUAAAAUAAGGAAGAAGUUCUAUUUUUGUACAUUGUGUUUAAAAGAAAAAAAAAACUGAACCCAAACGCUAGGGGAAGCGGUAAGGAUUUAUUGUUGACUUGAAACCACCCACAGCAAAAGACUCUUAUCGAACUUAAGUGGACUGGGUGCCCAUUUCUCUUUUGGAACAGACAACUUUAAGCUGGUCCCCAGAGAACUUUAUUACAGGAACCAAGAAACAAGGGAAACCAAAGUCUUUUUUUUCCAAAGUUGCUGGAAAAAAAACAAAACAAAACACCCCCCCCAAAAAAAACAACACCCCCCAGACUGCCCUUCUCCUUCCCUCAUCCUUGUCCCACCUUUCCAUCAAACAAAACUCUCUGGCUUGCAGGCAUUUAUUUAUUGUCUGCCGCAAGCUGCGUAGAGACAAGAUGGCGACACCGCGCGGGGAUGGCGUGUCCUUGGAGUUCUCAGCGCAUCGACCUUCUGACGACAGACGGCUCCGUCCUAGCUCCGUGACCCCUGCAUCGCUCUCAGUUCUGGAGAAUGCUGCUAAUUACAUUCAGUGACUCAAAUGAUCUAGUACACCAAUGAUAAGGGAAUAUUGUAAAACCAGCUAUAUUAUAUAUAUAUAUAUAUAUAUAUAUAUAUAUUAUAUAUAUAUAUAAGCUAUUUAUUUCACCUCUCUGUAUAUUGCAGUUCCAUGAACCAAGUAUUACUGCCUCAACAAUUAAAAACAAACAAACAAAUUA